GAAUUUGGAAACCAGUAUUUUGGUGAUAAAAACAAGUUGCGUACCCUGUACCCCUAAACCCAGCGGCUCCUACCCAAAUCUCUCUCUAUUCCGUUCCUCUUAAAUACCCACUCAUCUCUCUUUUCUUUCCUCCUCCAAACCCCACCAUCUCUCUCAUUUCCUUAAUUCUUUUCUUCCAAAAUGCGAAUGAGUUGUAAUGGAUGUCGAGUUCUGCGAAAGGGCUGCAGUGAUAAUUGCAGUAUCAGACCUUGCUUGCAGUGGAUCAAGAGCCCUGAGUCCCAAGCCAACGCCACUGUCUUCCUUGCCAAGUUUUAUGGCCGUGCUGGACUUAUGAACCUCAUCUACGCUGGCCCUGAACAUCUUCGUCCUGCGAUUUUCAGGUCUCUGCUUUAUGAGGCUUGUGGGAGGAUAGUGAAUCCGAUUUAUGGGUCUGUUGGGUUGUUGUGGUCCGGGAGCUGGCAGCUCUGCCAAGCCGCCGUCGAAGCCGUUCUAAAAGGAACUCCGAUCACUCCGAUCAACUCUGAAGCGGCGGCCAAUGGCCAUGGACCUCCGUUGAAGGCUUACGAUAUCCGUCACGUGUCCAAGGAUGAAAACUCUUCUGCUUCCAAAGAUCCCAACCGAGUCAAGACGCGUUGCCGGGUUAGGAGGGUUGUGAAGCUGAAAGUUGGUAAUAACAACAAACCAAGUGGUGGCGUUGGGUUCGGCUCCGUGUUGGAGACAACAGCACGGGGUGAGCUGACUCGGUCCAUUAGUCACGAGUCAUCGGUGAGUCACCUGUCGGAGUUGGCAAUGGUGGAAGGCGAGAGCAAAGACACGGAAAGCAUGGUCUCCGAGGAAACGGCUGAGGCUCCGCUGCUGUUCGGAGCCGAGCCGGAGUCAGCCGCGAAGGGCAAUGAGGGUGUCCACGAUCAUGUUAGUACGGAAAUCGCUGGACUUGGACUGGAGUUGACCCUCGGGCUUGAGCCCUUCUCUCGUGCAAGUCACGUGGUACCAGUGAAGAAAAGGAAACUCGAGUCUUAUGAGAACGCGUGUAAGAUAGAGCUGGGACUAGUCUAUCCAGCUUGGCACUAAAAUGAAAGAAAAAUAAAAAAAAUGUAAUUACUGUAAGAAGGUCAGUUUUGGCGGCGCAGCUCGAUCCAUCGGCUCUUGCUUAGAAGAGAAGUCGGUUCUUUUAAUUUUGCCUUUGCUUUUACAAAUUUUUUUGGGACCCUAUGUGGUAAAAAAAUAGCGGUGUACAAAUUUGGUGGAACAUGAAUAGACAUGGUAAAUCAAUAGAAGAAUCUUGUUUUUAA